UUUAAUGGUGAGAUUGAGUAAGAAUUUGUAUUGAUUCUAGGAGAUAGAAUAGUCAUAAGGGUGAAUAAGUAAUUGUAUUCUAAUAAGUAUUUAUGGUGAGAAAUUAUAUGGAAUAUAUUCCAUGAUUAUCAUCCGAUUUUUUGUGAUUCUAAUAUAUAUUAGCGGUAAUGUAGUAGUAUUGCUAUUGUGAUGAUUCUUAAACGCAAGCCAUCCCCAUAGAGUUCGUCGGAGCAGCGGCUGUUCACAACAUCGAGCUCAGAAUGGAGGCUCCGGCCAUAGGUGUGGGCAGUGAAGACGAAGUCAAUGCAAGUGAAUCAGACAACGAUUGUAGAAUGGAUAUGAGCCCGGGAGGUACGAAUUAUUGGUAUACAGAAUGCGACCGUAGUCUGAAACCAUAUGAAGGUCAAAUGUUUAACGCACUAGAAGAUGGAAUCAAAUUUUAUACAAUGUAUGCCGCAUCUACCGGAUUUGAUGUGCGCCGAAGUUCGGAUAAAAAGAACGAUUUUGGUAUCGUUCUGAAAAAGGAUGUUGUGUGUUCGAGGCAAGGUUUUAAGGAGGAUAGGGGCAAAGAAACAAUGGGUGAAGCAGGGGGGUCAAAGAAGAAGAGAAGGCGGACUACUAAUAGAGUUGGUUGCGGUGCAAGGAUUGUAAUGAAGAUAGUCCCCGACGGGCGAUAUACGGUACACAAAUUUGAAGAACGACACACCCAUUGCCUGUGCCAGGAAAGCCAAAAACCACUUAUGAAAGUUAAUCGCAAAAUAGAGAUUGCACACCAAGAAUUCAUAACGAAGUGCGAAAAAGCAAACGUUGGUGCAAGCAAAAGUUACGACAUAUAUGCCGAGAUCGUAGGGGGGCCUCAGAAUGUUGGUGCGACGCAACAGGACUUCAAGAAUUACAGAAGGGAUCUAUUAGCGUACAUGAAGUGGGGAGAUGUGCAAAUGGUUAUAUCAAAUUAUCUUGAGCAGAAAACAGAUUGUGCUGACAUGUACUUUGAGUACGAAGUGAACGCAAAUGACCAAUUGUCUCGUGUAUUCUGGGCGGAUGGUAUGGCGAGGAAGAACUAUGGUGCGUUCGGCGACGUGGUAUCCUUUGAUGCAACAUACAAAACAAAUAGGUACCACCUUGUGUUUGUUCCAUUCACGGGAGUUGAUAACCACAAACGGUGUGUGACGUUUGCUGCGGCCCUGAUUGAUAAGGAGGACGUGGAGUCAUACAGUUGGGUAUUGAACCAAUUCAAGAAUGCAAUGGGGGCUGUCCCACCUAUAGUAAUAACCGAUCAAGACCCAGCUAUGAAAAUUGCAAUUGCAGAUGUGUUUCGCGGUAGUCGUCACCGUUACUGUAUGUGGCACAUCAUGACUAAGGUUGGUGAGAAAGUUGGUGCUCAAAUGUCAAAAAAUAAUGAGUUCCGGAAGGCAUUGAAUAGCGUUGUUUGGAACGAGAAAGCAACGAGAACAGAAUUCGAGAUUGGGUGGAAAUCCGUAAUUGGGAAAUACAACCUAAAUGAAAACCGAUGGCUAACGCGUAUGUACGAGGAGCGUGCGUCAUGGGUGCCCGCAUUUUGCGAUGAUGUGUUCAUGGGAGGGCUACUACGUACCACUUCCCGUUCAGAGGCAGAGAAUCGGAUUUUCCAGGGUAACAUGAACAAGCACCUAUGUCUGGUAGAGUUUUUCACCCGUUUCGAGGGUGCGGUAAGAAAGCAACGAAAGAACAACCUUGAAUUGACCGCAAGUAGCUUUGGAAAUAAACCACAUUUUGAGACACAACUACAAAUAGAGCGAUCAGCCGCAACAGUGUACACGUUGACUGUUUUUUAUGAGGUCCAAAAGCAAAUAAGUGCAGGGUGUUUUAAAUGUCGGGUUCGAUCAUACACUGAGGCAAACGGGGUGAAGACAUAUAUCGUUGAGGAUGAAAAUGAGCAACAAUACACAGUCAUAGUGCAGGAUGGAAGCAACAUAGCAUGCACAUGCAGAAUGUACGCAAGAGUAGGUUUACUUUGUAGCCAUGUUUUUGUUGUACUCAAAGAUGAACGUAUCGAUGAGAUUCCCCCACAGCAUAUAACCCCCCGAUGGACGCGAGAAGCAGUGAAACACUCCCACAUAGAUACGGACGGAGAUAAACAUAAUGGUAACAACACUUUUGGGCAAGGUAACAUCGAGGAAGGACAACUAAUGAAUAUAUUCCAUAGAUGUUUGGGCAAGGCUAAAAGAAGACCAGAAAAAUUGAAGGAGAUAAGAGUGUGGAUGGAAGGGUUCGAAGCAACAUUCGGGGAGGAUGAAAUGACCGAUUGGAAUGUAAAUGGGAAGCGUGCAAUAAUGGAGUCGUAUUGCGGUGUCGUAACUCCAAAGGCGAUAGAAGUGCAUCCUCCCCCCGUCGCAAAAACCAAAGGGUCUGGCAAACGACUGAAAUCAGCUAGGGAGUUAGCAAUGGCGGAGCAUUAUAAGAAAAAGCGCACCUGCAAAACAUGUGGACUUGCCGAUGGACAUAAUAGCAGAAGCUGUCCGCGAAAGUAG